GUAUUUGAAUUGGUCACCAAAUCAUUAUCGAUCCGCUAUAUAAAAACUAUGAUAAGUGAUGCCUAAAAUCUAAAAAUCUCAAAACCUCAACCUUAAUAAUAUGGAUAAUUCUGUUGCCUCCUCUCCUCACCAAAACCUACACUUCGUUCUUGUCCCAUGGCUAGCCCAAGGCCACAUCAUCCCCAUGAUCGACAUCGCUCGCCUCCUCGCUCACCGAGGGAUCACCGUCUCAUUAGUCACCACACCGGCUAACCUGACUCGGAUCAAACCAACCGCAGACCGAAUCCAUGAAUCCAAACUCCCAAUCCGCUUCCUCCCGCUCCCCUUCCCUUCCACCGAAUUUGGACUUCCUGCUGGCUGCGAAAACAUCGAUUCCCUUCCAUCCAAGUCACUAGUUCUCAACUUCUACAACGCAUGCAAAGCUCUCAAACAACCACUCAUGGACUAUCUUCGCGAUCCGAAGACCCCGUCUCCGAACUGCAUAAUCUCGGAUUUCGGUCAUCCAUGGGCUGCUGAUAUUGCUCGUGAAUUCAGCGUGCCUAGAUUUGUCUUUCAUGGGUUCAACUGCUUCGCCAUUCUGUGCAUUGAGAACCUAACAAUUUAUAAGACGCAUGAGUCCGUGCCAUCGGAUACGGAGCCCCUCGUGCUUCCUGGCUUGCCGCAGCGAAUAGAAAUCAGCAGGAUCAGCAGGCUGCAGCUACCGAGGCAAUUUCAAGUAUCACAGCCAUACGAAGAGAUUCAGAAAGAAGUUAGGGAGUCUGAAAUGGGAGCUGAUGGCAUAGUGAUUAAUAGCUUUGAUGAGUUGGAGGUUGGAUACAAGGGUUUGUUAGAGAAAUCAAGUGGGAAGAAAUCUUGGAUGAUCGGUCCGGUUUCAUUUAUCAACAACGGGAGCAAAGAUUUGGCUGAGAGGGGCAACAGAACUUUGAUUGAAGAAACCAAGUGCAAGAAUUGGCUCGAUUCCAUGACUCCGGAUUCUGUGGUCUAUGUUUGUUUCGGUAGCAUGGGCUCAUUUGGUCCUUCUCAAUUGAUUGAGCUAGGGUCGGGACUGCUAGCUUCGAACAAACCUUUCAUUUGGGUGAUCAAAUCAAUACAGAACCCAGAAGUAGAAGAUUGGUUGUCUGAGAACUUCUCCGACGACUCCAAGUGUCUUAUAAUCAGAGGGUGGGCCCCGCAAGCGAUGAUUUUGUCGCACGCGGCGGUGGGAGGGUUCUUGACUCACUGCGGGUGGAACUCGGCGCUUGAAGGUAUUUGUGCAGGACUGCCGUUGCUGACAUGGCCAAUGUUCGCCGAGCAAUUUUUGAAUGAGAAAUUGGUGUUGGAGGUUUUAAAGAUUGGAGUUUCGAUUGGGGUGAAGACGCCAACGGAAUGGGCAGGAGAAGUGAAGGAUGAUGUGGUGGUAUCGAGAGAGGAGAUAGCGAAAGCCGUGGAGACGGUGAUGGAUGAAGCAGAGGAGGCAGGAGGGAGGAGGAGGAGAGCGAAGGAGUUAGCAGAGAUGGCAAAGAGAGCAAUGGAGGAGGGUGGAUCUUCGUAUGUCAACUUAACAGGAUUGAUUCAGUAUGCUUUGGACUGUCAAUCUGUCAAAAAUGUGAUGUAA